AUGCCACACAUAGUGUCCAACCUGUUAGAUGUCUAUGGCUGUGAGGAGCAGCUCCUCCUCGGCAGCAAAUUUGCCCCCUCCGGAGCGAUCAUCCUCUUAUUUGACUGCUCUGUAGAAGCUGCGUAUGGCGAGCUAGGAGGGAGGUCGCCACCUCCUUAUACUAGUAUCAACAGCCCAAUCCUUUCUUCUUUCAAGGCAGCUAUAGAAGAGAGUGACGACAUAGAAGUUAUAGUCAUUCAAUAUCCCAAGGGGCCGAUUUUGCGAAUGAAAACUCCCCUAUUUGGAGCUCACGGAAAGAAACGAAAGCAUGCAUUGAAGUCUUUGAAUUCCAAGCCGUUUAAGCAGCUGAAAACGGGCUACCGCAGGCUUGCAGAGUCAUACCGUAUUGAUAGUGACAAAUCCACAAGAAAAAGUGUAUUGAUUUUUGGUGUCAAGGAGGGAGCUAUUGCUGCAAAUGCUCUUGUAGAAAUGAUCCGCAUGACCGGGAUUCUUAUGCGUCAAUUUUGCCCACGUGGUAAUAAUGGUUUAUUUGAAAAAUACUUCCAGGAGGUAUACAAUGUUGCUACAACCACUACUGGCCCUGACUCGAACGAAUGUAAAAAUUUGGUGGAUCUACUCGGCCUGUGGUAUAAUAAAGUUGAUGGCAAUCAAAAACUGAGAGCAGUGCGUGGACAGAAACCUCACGUAGGUACUGUAGUUGUGGAAGGUCUGACCCCAUGUGCAAGUUGUAUGAGGUACUCCUGUGGCAAGUAUUGCCCCCUUCGACACAUGAUUGAGACGGUCUCGAAAACCUGUGAAGAAAAUAAAAUUUCCGUCUACUUGAAUAGUAAUUAUAUAGCCAGCGAAAUUGACAUCCAGUCUACCAAUGGCUGA